AUGUCCCGUCCUCAAUUUUUUCAGCAUAUUCGGCUUCGUCGAACCUUUGCAGAUUAUUCUAAGCCACCUAGGCCUCCCAAGCCCUACGCAGGAGACACACGAGGUGGUGUUCUGUUUCCAAGAACCAGAAUUGCCGUCGGGAUCGUGUUCAUUGGAACAUUGAUCUAUUCAAUGGUGACGGAGGAUGUUCAAAAACUCGAUGGUCCGACAAUUGCGGAGCGGGAUGCUCUCGUGAAGCGCGAGUCCGGCGUGAGUGAGCACUCACCUAUGCGCCUUCGGAUGGAAGAGUUCAUCAAAGAACAACAAAAAGAAAUUGUCGCAGAGUUGGAGAAAGUUGAUGGGAAGAAGUUUCAAGUCGAUACCUGGGAGCGACCACAUGGCGGUGGAGGAAUCUCGAGCGUUCUACAAGAUGGAAAUGUCUUUGAGAAAGCCGGUGUCAAUAUCAGCGUUGUCUAUGGAUCCCUACCCCGGCCGGCUAUUGAGAAGAUGCGUGUCAAUCACAAGGCUAUAGGUCCGGACGUUGAUUCUUUGGAUUUCUUUGCUGCGGGAUUGAGCAUGGUCCUGCACCCCAAGAACCCUAUGGCACCAACAGUCCAUUUAAAUUACCGAUAUUUUGAGACUGCCAACGCAGACGGAACUUCAAACGCUUGGUGGUUUGGCGGUGGAACAGAUUUGACACCAAGCUACCUCUUCGACGACGACGCCAUUCAUUUCCACAAGACGAUCAAGGAAGCAUGCGAUAAUCAUGACAAGGAGUACUAUCCUCGCUUCAAGAAGUGGUGUGAUCAGUACUUCAGCAAUAAGCACCGAAAUGAAACUCGUGGCAUCGGAGGUAUCUUCUUCGACGACUUGGACGAGCAAGAAAAAGAUCAAGAAAAUACAUUCGCGUUUGCGCAGAGCUGUCUGAGAGCAUUCCUACCUUCGUACCUCCCGAUCAUCAACAAGCGUAAAGAUAUGCCGUAUACAGAGAAAGAGAAAGAGUGGCAGCAAAUUCGGAGAGGCAGAUAUGUGGAGUUCAAUUUGGUGCAUGAUAGAGGAACAGCUUUCGGGCUGAACACGCCUAGUGCCAGGGUGGAAAGUAUCCUGAUGAGCUUACCAUUGACCGCUAGCUGGCGGUAUAUGUACGAGCCAGAGGAGGGCAGUCGCGAGCAGAGGUUGGUGGAUGUUCUGAGAAAGCCGCGGGAAUGGGUAUGA